AUGUUCGGCUUUGUGGAUUCAAGGACUGUUCUGCUACUUGUAGCGUCCCAACUUGUUUUACUGGCUGCGGUCAGGUGUCAGGAAGAGGAUGACCACGAGGGAGGUGGCUGCGCCCAGGACAGCCGGCUGUUUCGCGAUAAGGAUGUGUGGAAGCCAGAGCCGUGUCGAAUCUGUGUGUGUGACGGCGGAGCGGUUCUGUGUGAUGAGAUAAUCUGCGAGGAGAUGAAGGAGUGUGCCGACCCAGUCAUCCCAUCUGGAGAGUGCUGCCCCGUGUGCCCCGCUGAUACCAAGACGAUCGGCACCAGGGGUCAGAAAGGUGAACCAGGCGAUAUUGCAGAUGUAGUCGGACCAAGAGGACCAGCAGGCCCCAUGGGCCCACCAGGUGACCAGGGAGUACGUGGACCAGCCGGUGCAAAGGGUGACAAGGGAAAUGCUGGACCUCGUGGAAGGGACGGCGAGCCCGGCACUCCCGGAAACCCCGGACCCGCUGGCCCACCUGGCCCGCCUGGAGUCCCAGGCCUUGGAGGGAACUUUGCUGCACAGAUGUCUACAGGUUUUGAUGAGAAGGCGGGAGGUGCUCAGAUGGGUGUGAUGCAGGGACCGAUGGGUCCAAUGGGUCCUCGCGGUCCCCCCGGACCUAGCGGAGCCCCUGGGCCACAAGGCUUCCAGGGUGCCCCCGGGGAGUCCGGAGAGGCCGGUCCAGCUGGAGCGAUGGGACCCCGAGGACCACCUGGACCUUCUGGAAAACCAGGAAGUGAUGGCGAGGCUGGCAAACCUGGCAAAGCUGGUGAGCGCGGACCUGCUGGACCUCAGGGAGCUCGUGGAUUUCCCGGGACACCUGGCCUUCCUGGAAUCAAAGGACACAGAGGCCAUCCCGGUCUGGACGGAGCGAAGGGGGAGAACGGUGCUGCGGGAGCAAAGGGUGAGGCUGGAGCUUCUGGAGAGAACGGCGCCCCCGGACCGAUGGGCCCGCGUGGUCUGCCUGGCGAGAGGGGACGCACCGGCGCUGCUGGAGCCGCAGGUGCCCGUGGAAAUGAUGGCUUGCCUGGUCCUGCUGGUCCACCUGGGCCUGUUGGUCCUGCUGGGGCUCCCGGCUUCCCAGGAUCCCCAGGAGCAAAGGGUGAAGCCGGUCCUACUGGAGCCCGUGGAGCCGAAGGCCAACAGGGCCCCCGCGGAGAGGCCGGUACGCCAGGAUCUCCCGGACCUGCCGGAGCAUCGGGUAACCCCGGAACUGAUGGCAUCCCUGGAGCAAAAGGAUCUGCUGGUGGUCCUGGUAUUGCCGGUGCCCCUGGCUUCCCUGGCCCGCGUGGGCCACCUGGACCACAAGGGGCAACGGGCCCGCUGGGACCCAAAGGACAGUCCGGUGACCCUGGUCUUCCUGGAUUCAAAGGUGAAGCUGGACCCAAGGGAGAGCUUGGGCCUGCUGGUCCCCUAGGUCCACCCGGCCCAUCUGGUGAGGAAGGAAAGAGGGGUGCUCGAGGAGAGCCCGGAGCUGCUGGACCACUUGGACCACCCGGAGAGAGAGGAGCUCCUGGCAACCGUGGUUUCCCGGGUCAGGAUGGUCUUGCUGGCGCUAAGGGUGCCCCAGGUGACCGUGGUGUACCUGGUGCUGCUGGGCCUAAAGGUGCAACAGGGGACCCAGGACGUACAGGAGAGUCUGGUCUUCCCGGAGCAAGAGGUCUUACUGGCCGUCCUGGAGAUACCGGUCCUCAGGGAAAAGUUGGACCAUCCGGCGCCGCUGGCGAGGACGGCCGCCCCGGCCCCCCUGGCCCUCAGGGAGCCCGUGGACAGCCGGGGGUGAUGGGAUUCCCUGGACCAAAAGGAGCCAAUGGUGAGCCCGGAAAGCCCGGAGAGAAAGGUCUUCUGGGUCGCACUGGUCUGAGAGGCCUGCCUGGAAAAGACGGUGAGACUGGAUCUGCCGGACCACCGGGCCCCGCUGGACCUGCCGGAGAGAGAGGAGAACAAGGUCAGCCCGGACCUUCUGGUUUCCAGGGUCUGCCUGGACCAACUGGUUCCCCUGGGGAGGCUGGAAAACCUGGAGACCAGGGUGUUCCAGGAGAGGGUGGAGCUCCCGGUGCUGUUGGACCCAGAGGUGAACGUGGUUUCCCUGGUGAGAGAGGUGGUGCUGGUCCUCAGGGUCUUCAAGGACCUCGUGGACUUCCCGGAACACCUGGAAGUGAUGGACCCAAGGGAGCCAUUGGACCUGCUGGAGCUGCUGGACCCCAGGGACCCCCCGGCCUGCAGGGUAUGCCUGGAGAGAGAGGAGCCGGCGGCAUCCCAGGAGCCAAAGGAGACAGAGGUGAUAAUGGGGCUAAGGGACCUGAAGGCGCUCCUGGAAAAGACGGUUCUAGAGGUUUGACUGGUCCCAUCGGUCCUCCUGGUCCCGCUGGACCCAACGGUGCCAAGGGUGAAACUGGACCUGCGGGACCUUCUGGUGCUCCUGGCGUCCGUGGUGCUCCUGGUGACCGCGGUGAGGGGGGUCCUCCCGGGCCCGCCGGCUUUGCCGGACCUCCUGGUGCAGAUGGUCAGCCCGGAGCCAAGGGAGAGCUUGGUGAGAGCGGACAGAAGGGAGAGGCCGGCGCUUCCGGACCUCAAGGACCAUCAGGAGCACCCGGACCAGUGGGUCCAACUGGUGUUUCUGGACCUAAAGGGGCACGUGGUGCUCAAGGAGCUCCUGGUGCCACUGGUUUCCCUGGCGCUGCUGGUCGAGUUGGGUCUCCUGGCCCUAAUGGUAACCCUGGCCCCGUUGGACCUGCUGGACCUGCUGGCAAAGACGGGCCAAAGGGUGCUCGUGGUGAUGCCGGAGCCCCAGGAAGACAGGGAGAUGCUGGUCUUCGGGGACCCGCCGGUGCACAAGGAGAAAAGGGAGAACCCGGAGAAGAUGGACCCCCUGGUGCCGAUGGACCUUCAGGGCCUCAGGGCUUGGCUGGAUCUCGUGGUAUUGUUGGUUUGCCCGGACAGCGUGGCGAGAGAGGCUUCCCUGGUCUUCCUGGACCUUCUGGUGAACCUGGUAAACAAGGAUCUCCUGGCUCUGGUGGUGACCGUGGACCUCCUGGACCUGUAGGACCUCCUGGACUUACUGGACCUUCUGGAGAGACAGGAAGAGAGGGUACUCCUGGAUCAGAUGGACCACCUGGUAGAGAUGGAUCUGUUGGAGUCAAGGGAGAGCGAGGUAACACUGGACCCGCUGGUGCCCCUGGAGCUCCGGGUGGCCCCGGUGCCCCUGGCCCUGUCGGACCUCUUGGCAAGCAGGGAGACAGAGGAGAGGCUGGUGCACAAGGACCGGCGGGACCUCCUGGACUUGCAGGUGCACGAGGAAUGGCUGGACCCCAAGGACCACGUGGAGAUAAGGGAGAGAGUGGGGAGGCUGGCGAGAGAGGACAGAAGGGUCACCGUGGAUUCACUGGUCUGCAAGGUCUUCCUGGACCUCCCGGUCCCGCUGGUGAUGCUGGCGCUUCUGGACCUGCUGGACCAAGCGGAGCUAAGGGCCCACCUGGACCAUCUGGCCCUGCUGGGAAAGAUGGAUCUAACGGACAACUUGGCCCCAUCGGACCACCUGGACCUCGUGGACGCUCUGGAGAAAGUGGUCCACCUGGUCCUCCUGGAAACGCUGGACCCCCUGGUCCUCCUGGCCCCCCAGGCCCUGGCAUUGACAUGUCUGCCUUCGCUGGUUUGGGCCAGACUGAGAAGUCUCCUGAUCCACUGAGGUACAUGAGAGCUGAUGAGGCCUCCGGCUCCCUGAGACAGCACGACGUUGAGGUCGAUUCCACACUCAAGUCCCUCAACAACCAGAUUGAGAACCUGCGUAGCCCCGACGGCUCCCAGAAGAACCCCGCUCGUUCCUGUAGAGACCUUAAACUCUGCCACCCUGAGUGGAAGAGUGGUGACUACUGGGUUGACCCCAACAUCGGAAGCAUAGCUGAUGCCAUCAAGGUCUUCUGCAACAUGGAGACCGGCGAGACCUGCGUCUACCCAAGCAUCGCCAAAGUACCAAAGAAGUCUUGGUGGACCAGCAAGAGCAAGGAUCGUAAGCACAUCUGGUUCGGAGAGACCAUGAAUGGAGGAUUCCACUUUAGUUACGCUCAGGACGGCCCUGCUGCCAACGCUGCAAGCGUUCAGUUGACCUUCUUGCGACUCCUUUCCAAUGAGGCAUCCCAGAAUCUCACGUACCACUGCAAGAAUAGCAUCGCUUACAUGGAUGAGGCCACAGGGAACCUGAAGAAGGCUUUGCUGCUGCAGGGCUCCAACGACGUGGAGAUCCGCGCGGAGGGCAACAGCCGCUUCACAUACGGCGUGUUGGAGGAUGGCUGCAAGAAACACACGGGCCGGUGGGGCAAAACCGUCUUCGAGUACAAAACGCAGAAAACCUCCCGUCUGCCCAUUGUGGACAUUGCUCCUAUGGAUAUCGGAGGAGCAGAUCAGGAGUUUGGUGUGGAUGUAGGCCCAGUCUGCUUCUUGUAAAAGUGGAAUAUCACCUUGACCCCCCCACCCCCAGAAUAACAGGAACAAAAUAAACUCAACCACGAAACAUUACACACGAUUCCACAAUAAAAGACGACUGGAAAUGUUAAAAGAAAAAUUGAUCUCACAAUGAAGUGCUCUCCAGGUUGGAUGCUAGCACUGAAGGGCAUCGGCAAUAAGUGUACAUCUCUGUCAACCCCGCUUCCUGAGAUCCAGUCAUGUUUCCCAUGGCCCACUGUUGACAGGAUCGAGUCCGGAGGAAGAGGGACCGAGCAAAAGUUGUGGAGAACUGAAACAUGACUUGAUGUCACUUAUUUAUUGUCUCAUCUGAAUGGGCAGAGAUGAGGUAGGACUGGAGGGGUUCACUUUGUAAGUACGACAAGACCCUUUCCACUCCAGAACAGCCGCAUAACCUCUGUCAGUCCUACUCCACCUCCCUCCCUGUUCCCUCCUGUCACACUAAUAUGGCAUUUUUGAAUCCGUGUAGACCAAUAAAAUAUUCUCAAAAUCCAGGUACUCCACGCCUGUCCAUCGUGAGCAGGAGCAAAACCUUUACUGUGUAUUAUAAAGCCUCGGUUCUAUGUUGUAAAGGUCUGUGUUUAUAAGCGACCGGAUGGUUUGUAUGUGUAUUUCCAAAUUAUGUGUGUACAUGUGUUUAUAUGCACACCAACACUUUUUGAAAAGUGAGGUUACAUUUGGGGUGUACGUUCCAAAGUCCUGUACCCCUUCGCCGCGCAUCAGAGAAGGGAGACACAAUCGGCUCCUCAUCCCAAAUUUGCCAUUUCUUGUAGACACCCAGAUGGUUUGAAGCUACCUCAUGCUGGAAAAACAAAGUGAAACCGUAGCGAUGGAGACAAAACGUUUCUACGAUCAGGCAAAUCCCAAUGGCUGUCUUUGCUUUGGGUGGCUCUCUCUUCUGAAGGUGCUAUGAGUUCUGUAAUAGUCGUUACCAAAAGACCCCCCCCCCCCUCCCGCCAUCCCUAAUUCCCACUACUAAGCCCCCACACCACACACUCACACUCCGCCCUGAAAAAAGGGGGGUGCCGCCGGGUAAGACAGGUGGAGACCGGGGCGACUUCAAGACGUCCGCACACCGAAGCUGAACCAGGUCACUUAAUAACAACCAGGGUGGGACGUCUCUAUGUGCGUGAGGGUGUGUACAUUUUUUUUUAAAUUAAUUUUAUUAUGAUCCAUCUUGUUUUUGUUUUGUUACUC